AGUUCAACUCUCGUCUGACUGGGAGGAGGACUGAAUUCCAAUCGUUCAGAAGCUGAAGCGCGCUGAAGAUGUGAACUCUGGUCUCUUGGUUACUCUAAAAUAUUUAGUCGGCCAGAACCCUGAUUUGCAAGAGUAUUUGGUCAAUCAAAUGCACUCUGCGGCAUCCUAGCUAGUAAUUGUUUUUUUGUAUGUACGCGACAGUGAUUGUGUGAUCAUGAUGGCAGCAGUGCUGUCUACAUCCGGGAAACAAUGCCUUCACUCCAUUAUUGUUACUUCGGUCUGAAACUGGUUAGUCUUCAAUAUUAAGCUGGAAGCAAGAUGUCUAACCAAGGAGUUAGGCGAAAUGGUCCGGUUAAACUGCGUUUAACAGUCCUCUGUGCCAAAAACCUGGUGAAGAAAGAUUUCUUUCGCCUCCCUGAUCCCUUUGCCAAAGUGGUGGUGGACGGCUCAGGACAAUGUCACUCCACAGACACCGUGAAGAACACCCUCGACCCCAAGUGGAACCAGCACUACGACCUAUAUAUUGGCAAGUCUGACUCCAUCACCAUCAGCGUGUGGAACCACAAGAAGAUCCAUAAGAAGCAGGGGGCUGGCUUCCUGGGCUGUGUACGCCUUCUAUCCAACGCCAUCAACCGCCUCAAAGACACCGGCUAUCAGAGAUUGGACAUGAACAAGCUGGGCCUCAAUGACAGUGACACAGUGAGGGGUCAGAUAGUGGUGAGCCUGCAGUCCAGAGACAGAAUAGGCACAGGAGGCCCAGUGGUGGACUGCAGCCGUCUGUUUGACAAUGACCUGCCAGACGGCUGGGAGGAGCGGAGGACUGCGUCUGGCCGAAUCCAGUACUUGAACCACAUCACACGCACCACACAGUGGGAGAGGCCUACCAGGCCUGCGUCGGAGUACUCCAGCCCGGGCCGGCCUCUCAGCUGCAUUGUGGAUGAGAACACGCCCAUCCUGAGCACCAACGGGGCCACGCCCACCAUUCCGUGUGUCCUGUCCAGCGACCAGCGGGCCCAGGAGAGACGCGUCCGCUCCCAGAGACACAGGAACUACAUGAGCAGGACACACCUCCACACACCCCCAGACCUGCCUGAGGGAUACGAGCAGAGGACCACGCAGCAGGGCCAGGUGUACUUCCUCCACACCCAGACAGGAGUCAGCACAUGGCACGACCCUCGAGUGCCCAGAGACCUGAGUAAUGUAAACUGUGAGGAGCUGGGCCCACUGCCCCCUGGCUGGGAGAUCAGGAACACAGCCACCGGCCGGGUCUACUUCGUGGACCACAACAACCGCACUACGCAGUUCACAGACCCGCGCCUCUCCGCCAACCUGCAUCUAGUCCUUAACCCAAGCCCCAAUGGUUCCCGCAGCGGCAUCGAAAUUCAGAACAGUCCGAUCAGCCGUCAGAACCAGCUGAAGGAGCAGUCCCAGCAGGCACUGGUGUCUCCAGGUAAUCUGCCAGAGGAGGCCGAGUGCCUCACGGUGCCCAAGUACAAGAGGGACCUGGUGCAGAAGCUGAAGAUCCUCCGCCAGGAGCUGUCCCAGCAGCAGCCCCAGGCAGGCCACUGCCGCAUAGAGGUGUCCCGCGAGGAGAUCUUUGAGGAGUCUUACCGCCAGGUGAUGAAGAUGAGGCCGAAGGACCUGUGGAAGAGACUGAUGGUGAAGUUUAAAGGGGAGGAGGGGCUGGACUACGGAGGAGUGGCCAGGGAGUGGCUGUAUCUGCUGUCCCAUGAGAUGCUGAAUCCGUACUACGGCCUGUUCCAGUACUCCCGCGAUGACAUCUACACCCUGCAGAUUAACCCCGACUCGGCCGUCAACCCGGAGCACCUGUCCUACUUCCACUUUGUGGGUCGUAUCAUGGGCAUGGCGGUGUUCCACGGCCACUACAUAGACGGGGGCUUCACCCUGCCCUUCUACAAACAGCUGCUGGGGAAACCCAUCACCCUGGACGACAUGGAGUCAGUGGACCCAGACCUCCACAACAGCCUGGUCUGGAUCCUGGACAAUGACAUCACAGGCGUGUUGGACCACACCUUCUGUGUGGAGCACAAUGCCUACGGGGAGAUCAUCCAGCACGAACUCAAACCCAACGGCAAAAUCAUCCAGGUCACCCAGGACACCAAGAAGGAGUAUGUCAGGCUGUAUGUGAACUGGCGUUUCCUGCGAGGCAUCGAGGCUCAGUUCCUGGCCCUGCAGAAGGGCUUCAACGAGGUCAUCUCCCAGCACCUCCUCAAGGCCUUCGACGAGAAAGAGCUGGAGCUCAUAGUGUGUGGCCUGGGUAAGAUUGACAUCAACGACUGGAAGUCCAACACGCGGCUGAAGCACUGCACCACCGACACCAACAUCGUCAAGUGGUUCUGGAAGGCUGUGGAGUCGUACGAUGAGGAGCGCCGGGCCAGGUUGCUGCAGUUUGUCACCGGCUCCUCCAGGGUCCCCCUGCAAGGCUUCAAAGCCCUCCAAGGUGCUGCAGGCCCACGACUCUUCACCAUCCACCAGAUCGAUGCCAGCUCCAACAACCUGCCCAAAGCCCACACCUGCUUCAACCGGGUCGACAUUCCUCCCUACGAGAACUAUGACAAGCUGUAUGACAAGCUGCUCACUGCUAUCGAGGAGACGUGUGGCUUUGCUGUGGAGUGAGACGCUGCUGACGCAGGGGUCGGCAGGAACAAGGAGUGGAGGAACUCGACCAUAGUCAGACCCCACCAUCCAGUUCACCCAGGGGAAGGGGGCGUCUGGGGUCCAGUGGCCCAAGGACUCUCUCGCCCACAAUAGGGACAUGUGGCCAGGCCGGGGGGGGGCAGAGGAGACCUGAGCUAGCAGUCUCGUCUGUCUAAGGGUCCCCCCCCCCCUUUUUUUUUAAAUAACAUUUUCAGCUGCUAAUAACUCAGACUAUUUACUAACUUGUGGAACUGCAAAAAUGGCUGGCUCUUCCUUUUUUAAUAAGUUUAGUUUUAGCAUUAUAAAAAAUAGUCAGUAUUCCAUGUAGCUACGCACCAUCUUACCAAGCAGAACAGGAAGUCCACAACUAAACAAAACAUUGGCCACAUAAACAAGACAGGUAUCACUGGUUUGAUGGAGUACAUUGUUACCCAUGGUUACCAACAACACUGAAUGGUGCUUGGUAUGUUUGGAGGCAGGGACUGAAGGGAGUAUGAAGGCUCCUUUGCACCCCCUGGUGACUGAGUCCUCUUCUACCACUGAGGACUCUUGGGGCAUCUAUCUUCACUCAGAGGCUGGACUUUGGAGCACAUGUUCAGAACUUGACCUUAUGGAGAAAGACAUGCAGGGCCCCAUUGUCAACGACCCUCUCCAAAGAAAGUGGGCUGGUUUUCAGCGAUCCAUUCCCAGAAACCAGUGUCACACGUCUGACAUGUAAGCUUGUUUGGAAAUUUAAAUAAAUAGCUUGAAUAGUGUUAUUUUUAUAUAAUAGGAAAAUGAGAAAAAAAACACUAAAAUUAUAAAUAAUAUAUAUAAUUUAUUUCUGUUAUAUUUCAGAAAGCUUUUGCCAUUAUUGCAGUUUUUUUUUUUUUUUGCUGUUUAAGCUUGAAAGAAGUACACUUAGAUUGCUGUGGGGGAAAUCUUUACAUAGCCUCUUUCCUACACCGUAAGUAGAGAGGUGGUCUUAAGGGUGGGUUGUCUUUAAUACACACAGUCCUCUGAGUGCCAUAAUACUUUUGACUGAAUCUUUUCAACUAUUUAGAUAUUAACCUGACCCUUUAAAUUCCAGUGACAUCAUCCAGUAGGUACUUGUGAUGGGGUAUGUAUGAUGAGUUCCAUAGGCCUUUCUCAUGAUUUCAUGAUUGUUUCUACCAUGGUGAUCUGCUCUGUCCCCACAAAAUAAUGGCUAAGAGUCCCUGCUACCCUGAUGCAUUUUGUUAUGUGAAGAUUACACACAUCUUUUGUAAGUGCUACUCUUGUCAUUCUGGCAAAUAACUACUACUACCUUCCGGUUAUGGUCUUCUGGUGCUAAAUAAGACAGCAGUUUGCUAAUUUCUUUCAAGAUAUUGGCAACCAGUCUUAUACCUGGGGCUGAGAUGGGCGCAUAGCAAAUAACAUACAAAAAGUUGCAAUGAAUUGAACAAACAUCACUCCGACCUCAAGCCACAUUCUCAGGAGAUGUCAUAUUAUUUGUUGUAUUAUUUGGUAGCUGACGUGGUCAGAUACAAAACCUUUUCCUCUGUAAUGUUUGAAUGUCUUAUACAGUACAUUAUGUUGAGUGGCUAUAAAGUCUACAUUUGUCAUAUGUAUUGUAACCCAACAGUAGACAUUGACAUGUGAUUGUUGGGUUUCUAUAUCUCCAUAUUGGCUAUAAAUUAAAUCUGAAUGAAUGAGAUGAACCCCCUAAUUCUACUCACCUGAACCUAGCUCUACAAGUAUGGGUUUGGGGGAGAACAUAUUUAUUUUCUACUCAUUCAAACAAAUUGUUGAAUGUUUUCUUCUUUUUUUUUAAAGGCUGCCUGUCUAGCAAUCUAUGACCGUGGACUGUUCUUUAAGUUAGCAUACAUUGAAAAUGAAUUACUCAUCUUUUUCUUUUAUAGAGGUGUAUGCAAAGUGACGUGUCCUCAGAUGGUGCUUUGUACAGUGAUAGGAUAUUGUUCAUUAAUGUGGAUCACACAACCUGUAAUUUAUCUUUAACCUAAUUUUUUUUUUUUUUUUUUUUACACAUACAGAACUAUUUGUCGCCGUAUGUACUAGGUGACGUCUAUCUAUUUACCAGAUAGGUCAUGGACUGAUUGAUUUUAUAUCUUAACAUAUUCAUUUACUUUAAUGGCACAAAAAAAUCCCUUGACAGUCUGUUUCUUACACAAUCUCUCUGCAUUACUCCAUAGCUGCCUCCCUGAAGAAUGGAACUUUUUAAUAACAAGUCAAAUUUGAGCUUUUUGUUGCUUAAUUUUUUUUGCAUGAUCCACGAGCAGGACUAUAUCUCUUAUAGCUGACUGAUGCAAUUAGAUGUACUUAACACUAUCAUUUUUGUAGGAGUAUUUUAUUUUUGUGUGUAAUUUAGGUCUAAUUAAACUUGCCUUUGUCAAAUUAUAUGAGGCACCUUGUA